AUGUGCAUUGUACUUCUUAGGUAUCAAACACCACAAAAAAUAUAAUAAUUUGAACACAAAAAUGCAUUAAUAAAAAGUAUGAAAUCUUUUUGUGCAGUAAAAUUUGUUUAAUUGCUCGUAAAUAAUUGGAUUUUAAAUUACGAUAGACGACAAAAUAAAAAAUCGGCUAUUUUCAAAAGUAGAGUAUCUAAAACUGGUCAAAAUGAAAACUUGUCCGGUUUUCAUUUUUCUGGCUUUGGUCAACAUUGGCCGCGCUCAAAACUGGCACGACCAAUUCGUGUUACCAUUUGGCCACUCUUUUGGCGACACUUUCCUGAUUAAAGGAGACGACACUUGUUCGACGGAACAGGAUCUCGGACGCUCGAUUCGGUUCGGUAGCCAUCAAUAUGACUCUGUGCAUGUAUGUACUAAUGGAUACUUGUCGUUCGGGCGCGAAAAUUCUAAUUACGACCCUUCGUUUUUUGACUCGCCGGGUAGUCCAGUAUUGGCUGCCUACUUGAGCGAUGUUCAAACAUACGACAACUUGCUUGACUAUGGCUGCUCUAUGAUCAACUACGACACUCAGCAGGAUUAUUACCCGAUUGUUCAAGAGGAUAUUUGUGAACUAUUUUUGUACAAUUCAAACCCAGUAUUUUACCAAUGGUUGAAUUCGGAUUACAUAGCCGACGACGCUUUGAGGUCUCAAGUGGAGGCAUGGCGUUCAACAGCUUUCAACUCCCAAGAUUUGAACGUACAAUUUGACGAUGAAAUAACUUUGGAUCUGAUGGGGUCGAACACCAAAGCCAAUUUGGCCAACAACAUUUUCAAGCGAAAGAUCACUUCUGAAAGUGAUCUCAAUCUUCUCACAGAGUUGAUUCAACAAGUCAAUCAAGAAACAAGAUUUGUUGCAAGAAUCGGCUAUGUGGCGACAUACUACAAAGUUGGCGCUUUUCAACAGAGAAUUGAUGGAUUCAAUAGUUACCAGAUCAUAAUCGUCUGCAAUGAUGCCGAAACCGGGGUUCCUGAAGACGAUGACUGUUUUUCACUCCUCGACUACGUCGAGAUUGGAUGGUCUGAUAAUACUGUUUCUGCUGCUACGUCCGCUCGUGCUGGAUUCAAUGAUAAUUUUGGAAACGUCUACGAGCUCCCCUUUUCGGGAACUCCUGAGAUGCGCAACAUCUGGGCGUUGACUAAUUGUGACAUACCAGGCCUGUUUAUUGUGAAAAUAAACCAGAAAGCAGAUGGCCCUUCCUUCCAACCAAUCAGAGACGUCUAUGGCGCAGGAGCAGAAAACGAGGUGCAUUGUCCAGGUGAAAUCCAGCCGAAAGUGUUUGCGAUUAAGGAUGGACAACAGCAGUUCUCGAUUGCAGAUUGUGAAAUUCCAUUUUUUGAUAGCAUCGAGGUCAUUUUUGACAUCAAAGCUGGCAACGGACAAGCAGAAAAGCUUGUAUAUGACAGACAAUCCGGAAUACUUUCCGGUGUUGCCCCUUACUCAUUUUCAGCAGACCAACAUGUAAAGGUAUUCAUACUUGUAAAUGGAGUCCGGCUGCUUUUACCGGAAAAACUGGUUUCCUAUUCCCAGCUUUCUGACCAAUUUACAUUCCAUGUGACGGCUGCAUCUGAAAAUGGACUGUCAACUUUUGCUUUUGAAUCCAUGCCGCCCAGAGUUUCAGCCGAGGCCCAACUUCACAUAACACGAUUUCUCGCUUCAGACAAUACAGCGCACACAGAAAGUGUGCUCGUUAAUCCAGAUGGAUCUGCCCCUCAAGUUGAACUACUGGAUACCGAAUUCGACCUAGUCGCUUUUUACUCUCCAUGACAACUCAGAGCCGGCAACAGUGGCUGGAAGUUCACUGGUAGCGACUUCACCUAAUGUCGAAUCUACUGAAGGCGCUUAUCAAAAAUGCAUGGAAUGGGACGAAGAAGAAUCUGGAAAUGACUACUCGUUCUGUAGCAGUCAUCUAGAAAAAUGGUACGGCUGUCCUCGCCGAGUGAGUUCUGACAGAAUCAACAACGAUUGGACUGACGCAGAAUGGGCCCAGCAAGAAGUACUCAACGGGAUCGCUGGCUGGAAGUAUGACAUCUGCUGUAGCCACGACAUAGAAUUGCGAGAAAGGCUGCAUGACAUCGGAUUCUGCAACAAGUCCUACUGCGAAUUCAACCAAGGCGCUGAUUUUUGUAUCAGGUCUCCUAGACUUGCAUGUUUUGAGAAAAAUUCAAUGAAUAUCAUAUAUGUGUCGAACCAAUGCUGCUAUAAACCAGGAACUGGCGAUUUAAUCCAGGCGAGCGAUGAGUCUACGGCCCCUGGGAGCAUGGACCUUCAGAUCAACUCAGUUCCCACAAUGGCCGCUCAUUAUCUAGCUGACAUUCAGCCGUUUAAGUAUUGCUGUUUGCAGUCUGAAAACCCCGAUGCCUGCAGAGCCUAUAAAGCUCAUCGACCGACCAUUGUAGGUAACUAUUGGCCUAGAAAUAUACUUUUUGGACGUGGGGACCCGGAUUUUCAGGCGGUCGAUGGUCAGAGCUACCCAUUCAAUGGGAUUGGAGUCUUCACCCUCCUUGAGACAACACUGGAUGAUUCGACGAUAGUCCAAGCGAGCACUCGACGAGUGGGCGACGGAAGCGUGUUCUCGGGUGUUGCGAUUCAACACUCUAGUGACACAUUGCAACUGUUUCUGAACAAAAACAAGGAGCUCGCACUUGUAAUAAACAACCAAGAUGUGAACCUGGAUACAUUUGACCAGUUUUCCGUGGGUAUUUUUGAAGUGGAAACAAAUAUUGACAGAACAGAUUUGAAGGUGAACGUUCAAGAUGCCGGACUAGUUGUGCAGGUGUUGGUGACGGGUACCUUUCUUAACUUGAUGACAUCUGUGCCGCCUUCUUUCAAGUACAAAAUGUAUGGGUUGCUGGGAUACUAUGACGGAAACGCCGAGAACGACUAUACGACUAAAGAUGGAGCAGUAAUAGAUGCAGACACCGACUAUUUGACCCUUCACAACCAAUUUGGUGAGUCAUGGCGAGUUGACGAAUCUGAUUGGCUGUUCCAGUCUGAGCCAAUCAAAAAUGAACUUGCUGAUGACAUCACGACUGGAUCAGCUGGGUUCCAGCCCAGAUACGACAUAGUGUUUGACAAUGAGCUGAUUCGGCUGGCGGCUGUGGAGCAAUGCAAAAAUGACGAGGCCUGCAUGCGAGACAUUUCCCUGACUGGCGAUUUCUUCUUUGCCACAGUGUUCCAGGCCCUCGAAGAAUCGGUCCAAAAAGCAGACCAGAUGACCAAAUUGAACCGAGAGCAUGCGGCCGAAUCAUUCCAAGAUGAGAUGAACGUACUGCUACGAGGUCACACACCCCUCUUCACUGAGACCCGCGGGACAGCAAAAACGAUCUCGGGUCAAAUGGCCGUGAUUCUGGUUGCCAUUAAUGGCUACAUCUUUCUCUUGAACAUCUUUUGAUGAGCCAGGAGAAACAAACAAAAACAAGGUGGUGGAUAUCCGAAGGACGCUUUUGGAAAAAUAAGAAACUAUGCGGCAUACAAACAUUCAGCGCAUUUUGUAAAUAAAAACUGAAAUUAUUACCUUUUGAUAGCUUUUGUAGAUAGCAAUUUGGA